GCUCGCGUUCAAUGCGCAUGCGCAGGAGCAUAACGGAUGCUGCGUCAGUGUGGGAUGCCGACCGGUUUUAGAAAGCAGUGGUGGUUUGUUCCGCUAAGAACAGGGAUCGCGGUGAUGUGCGCGGGGCCGAUGACCGCGGCAGCUGCUCGUCACGUAGGGCACGUUGCGGAUUGGAAAUGAUGAAACAUCAGGAAACGACAGCUCACAGGAGAUCCCCGCCUCCCCACAUCCACGGCCGCUGAAGGACCGACGCGUUUCCCUAAUUUCUAACAAAACACGGAAGACUGAGAGCAGUUGGACUACAGUAGCUGAUAAGCCGAGAAGAGACACCCAGAGAGGUCAUGAUGAUGAAGAAGCUGGUGGUCUUCCUCCUCCUCCUCGUCCUCCAGGUGCCCGGAGUUGCGCACGGCAGGUGUUUCUGUCAGGUGACGGGCGAACUGGACGACUGUGCCUGCGACGUCGAGACCAUUGACGGUUUCAACAACGAGCAGCUUUUCCCCAAACUUCAAACUCUGCUGGAGUCCGACUACUUCAGGUUCUACAAGGUGAACCUGAACAAACCGUGUCCGUUCUGGACGGCCGGCAGUCACUGUGGUCUGAGAGACUGUGCCGUGAAGCCCUGCUCACCGAACGAGGUUCCUGAGGGAAUCCGAUCGUCUCCUCAUCACAAGUAUUCAGCGGCGGCCAACGAGGAGCAGCUGGUCGCGUGUGAGAAGGAGAAACAUCUCGGCGCCGUAGACGUCUCUCUGAGCCAGGAGACCCGAGAGGCUUUGUUGGACUGGAGCAAACACGACGACGAGGCCGAGCGCUUCUGCGUGGUCGACGACGAGGAGUCGCCGGACUCGCAGUACGUAGACCUGCUGCUGAACCCGGAGCGCUACACAGGCUACAAAGGUCCAGAGGCGUGGCGGAUCUGGACCAGCAUCUAUGAGGAGAACUGCUUCAAACUGUUCACCAUCGAGCGGCCGCUCAUUCCUGACUCCUACCAGGGCGGCUCAGGAAGUGAAGCGCGACUCUUCUACAGCUGGCUGGAAGGUCAGUGCGUGGAGAAGAGGGCCUUCUACCGCCUCAUCUCCGGACUCCACGCCAGCAUCAACGUGCAUCUGAGCGCGCAGUACCUCCUGGAUGACAGUUGGUAUCAGAGGAAGUGGGGUCACAACAUAUCCGAGUUCAGGCGGCGCUUCGACUCGGAUCUGACGGCCGGCGAGGGCCCCAAGAGGCUCCGCAACCUCUACUUCCUGUACCUGAUAGAGCUGAGGGCUUUAGCCAAAGUGCUGCCCUUCUUCAAGCAGUCGUCCUUCCAGCUGUACACGGGCCGCCCGGAGGAGGACCACAAGCACAAAGAGCUGCUUCUGGACAUCCUGCAGCUGGCCAGAUCGUUUCCGCUGCACUUUGAUGAGACCUCCCUGUUUGCCGGAGACGAUAAAGAAGCGGCCAAACUGAAGGAGGACAUCCGGCUGGCGUUUCUCAACAUCUCAAAGAUCAUGGACUGCGUCGGCUGCUUCAAAUGUCGUCUCUGGGGAAAACUACAGACUCAGGGGUUGGGCACGGCGCUGAAGAUCCUGUUUUCUGAGCGGCAGAUCGAGGCGCUGCCGCAGUCCAGAGAGCGACGGCCCAGUUUCCAGCUCAGCCGGCAGGAGGUCGUCUCCCUCCUCAACGCCUUCGGGAGGAUCUCCACCAGCAUCAAAGAGCUGAAGACCUUCAGGUCGCUGCUGGCGGAGGAGCGAUGACGGACCGCCGCCGUCCUGCUGCAACCAGACUGCUGUCUAAGCUUUAGCUUCACAAGACUCUGCUGCCAUCAAUAGGAAAUCUUCUUUUUUUUCUGUAAAGAUCUAUCUUAUUUAUGUUGAAUUUAAAUAAAUUUAGAGAUUUAUAUGACAUUUCAA